AUGGAAAAGACAAGAUUGAUCGAUCCGGCUGUAGUAGCCCAAUAUUGCGAAACGAAAUUUCCUGUCCGAGUGACCAAAUACAAAGAUUUGGCAAACGAAGUGUCUGAACGCUUCAUCGCAAAAUGGAGUCAAGAAAUUGGCUUUGAUCUGAAAGGAUCUCAAAGUCAAUAUGGAGGCUGGGCUUCUCUUGUAUACCCAGACUCUGGGGAGGAAGAGAUCAUAGCGUUGACCAAGCUCGGGGAGUUUUACUUUGGGAACAACGACUAUUCAGCAGCUUUGGAUACCGCAGAGGUAAUCGACAAGACCAUCAAUGAUCAACAGGGCCAAUCUGUCAAUCAUGGCAGUAAAAAAGUCCUGUCUUCCGUGAUGUGGAACUCUGCACUUCAUCAGUUCCAAUCCGAGAUAUUUCUGGACAUGUUCUCUUCCAAUCAAAAAAUAGGAAGACUUCAGAUGCACAACAUCAGUCGGAUGUUCGAGCGUGUCCCUCCGGAAAUGGACGGAUUCGCCCUCUUGGAUACUCUACUGAAGUCAAGAUUUCAGGGUGGACCGUUUGACUGGACCGUGACCGCAAUUGUCUUUGCAUCGGGUCUCAAUCUAUCUCUCACGGAUCUCAAAUCAGUAUCCUCAAUCAUCCAGCCAAUUGUCGCAGCCUGUGCAUUGGUAAAUGAUCUGUAUACGUUCAACCGGGACGUUCAACUCAAACUAGAUCAAAGCGGUUACAUGAAAAACACUGUGUGGAACUUGAUGAAAGACUUCAGUCUCACCGUACAACAGGCCAAGGAAUUUCUGGUCAGACAGAAGAUUAUUCCCUUGGAGCAAGAGUUUAUCAGGAAAAGACAAGACUACCUGCGAGAAAACCGGGUAUCGCGGGAUUUGGAACUAUUUUUGGAAAACUUGCAGUACAUGCACUCUGGUAAUUGGCUUUGGAGUGCUACCUGUCCUCGGUUCAAAAAUCUGACCCUCAAUGCUUCCAUUGGAUCUUGUCUUGAAGAUUCGGCAACUAUCUGUGCUACUCUGCUAUCAAAGGCACGGCCCGGCCCUCAGUCAACUGAUCAUGGCGCUAUGGACGGGGGAAGAGUGGCAAGGGACCCUGAUAUCGAUUUCCUCAUGGGUCCGAUUGAAUACUAUCGAUCCAUGCCUUCGAGAAACCUCGCUGCUAUUAUCAUCAACGCAUUAAACCCAUGGCUGAAGGCGUCCGAGGCGUCAAUAAUUCAGAUCUCGAAGAUCAUGCGCCAUGUUUUCGACAGCUCUUUGAUGCUGGAUGAUAUUCAAGAUCACUCAACAAUGCGCCACGGCUUCCCAGUGGCCCAUGAGAUAUUCGGCGUUUCACAGACGAGCAAUGCCGCUAGCUAUUUGUUUGUUCUUGUCUUCGACGAGUUCUUCAAGCUCCAAAAUCCGACUUUGAGUCAAAGAUUUCUUGGCGAGCUGAAAAAUCUACACAUUGGCCAGAGCCUCGAUCUUCAUUGGAGUCACUCUGGAAAAUGUCCAACUGCUGAAGAAUAUCUUCACAUGGUUCGCUUGAGUAAUGCCAUCGACUGCGACGAACUCAUUGAAUUGGUGAUUCUCACUGCGCAGUACAUGCAGAUUCGAGAUGACUAUGUGGAUACAACUACUUCAACAGGAAUGAUCUACGAGAAAGUUGUCAACGGUGAGGACCUAGAUGAAGGGAAGUUCUCUCUUCCAGUCAUCCAUAUGUUUUCGCAUUCCCCCAAGCGCCAAUUGGUGGAAGCCAUCUUCAUCGAACGGUUGCGACAAGGAAAAAUGCCAAUGGAACACAAACGACUUGUUUGGGACGAAAUGGAAAGCGUGGGUAGCGCCCAGUACUGCAGAGCAAUUAUGGAAGACAUCAGAGCCAAAGUCCUCACCAGACUUGAGAAAAUUGAGGAACAGUUUGGAGAGAAGAACUACAACUUCCGCUUGAUAUUGGAGUUUUUCUCAAUGGAGAAUUAG